CCCAGAUCCAAGCGAAUUCUACGCAGAGGAAGUUUCCCGUGAUCGACCGGUUUGCCGAUGCUCCGGUGAAGUUCACCAUCCCGAUCCCCCGCCAGCGCCAUCAAAAUCCAAAAACCUUCUUUACGGGAGCGUCUACAAUAAAUAAAAGCGUCUUCAGCCUGUGUGCCUCGCUCAGUUUUCACGCAUGGAAAAAAAGCUGCGAGCUUUUUCGCGAGCCCGCUAGGAUCUCUAAGCUCUACAAACCGAUCCUUGACGGACUUCUCAAUCAACAGUCCGCAGCUCAACAAAUGCCGUUCUCCAGAAAUAUUGCCAGACCACCUAGUUCAGUACGACAGAUAUAUACAUCAACUAAGUACGCCAAAAAGCACGAAUCGCCAUCAAGUGCUGUGGCUGAGUAUGAGAAAAGAAUCACGGAGCCCCUGCACUUUGGGUGCAACUCAGUGUGGCUCAAAUGCAAGUUCGCCAUAGAUACAAACCCGGUAUUGAGUGAUUUUCUGAGGAAGCACGCUUGUAAUCGCUUAUCAGUAGUUGAAUGGAAGUUGGUCCACUGUAAGAAAAUCAACAAAUAUACAGCAACACCGCAAACUUCUGAGUUUUCUUCAAUUUUAACGUUAACAAAGACACCGAAAAAAAUCAGCACUAUAUUUCUAGCUCUUGCCGUGUUUUUCCAACGGCAAGAGAUCUGUCGAUUCCUGGGCAGGAAGUAUCACGGAAACUACAGAUAGUCCGUAGAUACAUAGUACUCGUUCUUUGUGUCUGUCAAGAAGUGAAAAUGGCGUUUUUGAGUUUCAACCCACACAAUGCGUCGGCAUUGGAGUAUCACCAGGGCGACGAUGUGGAGGCAGAAGACGUUCUGCGAAAAGAACUACCGCUCAAAUACACGUGGGUAAUCUGGGAACAAAUAAUGCAGGCCUCAGACGGCAAAGCGGCACAGUAACAGAGCGUUUUUCAAUUAUCUGUUGCAGACUUUCCGUCCUAUGCAUAUUUUUAAUUAGAGCAGUAACUCUGCCAUUUUUUCCCUCACAUAGUUGGAUCGCAUUAACGAAGGAAAGAACGAUAUCCAUGCGCGCGAAACAAUAGGUACUCAGACGCAACGCACAAAGUAGCGCCGUUCGGGACGGUACAAGACUUCUGGAAGCUUUGGAACCACAUGCCACAGCCAUCAGAACUACUGGACCAGAAGAGAAUGGUAUAGCUAGCACAACUUUUCGUUGAUCCAACAUAUCCCUUUUCUUUACAGUUUGCUGUCACCACACUCUUGGUGCGUACGUACUACUUCGCAGGCGGUGUUGGUGUUUUUGAGGAUUAUAUCCUGUUUUCUCGAGUCACACGAAUCAAAUUUCUUCGGGGUUCGUUUUACAGGUACGAGAGCAGCCGGAUGGCCUGCACGUGAUCGACGCGAUUAUGAUAUUCCGUGACGGCAUCCGACCAGAGUGGGAGGACAAGCUGAACGCGAGCGGUGGCCACUUUCAAUUUCAGGUACUAUGGUGGAGGAUACAUAGUUUUGCGGAAACAAGUUCUUGCUGUCCCUCUCCCUAAUAAAACCGUGCACUUCAUCCUUUUUUUUACUAGAUUGCCACCAGCGGCCGGUAAAGAUUACAUUUAGCUGAUGCAUUAUGAUGAAAAAUACAGCUGAAGCCAGCAUCAGGCGGUGGCCAAAUAGACGAGUACUGGAACAAUCUAGUGUUGGGAAUGAUUGGGGGAACGAUCGAGCCAGUAGAUAUGAUCACGGGGGUGCGCCUGGUCGACAAGCUCUCCGGACCAAGACAAGCAAACGGUAUAGAUUUUAUGAGGAGGACUACCACUGAGUUUUGCUUCACGGUGGGUUUUUCCUCGGAGAUUUGAAUUUCGUGAAGGUCGCAAGUUUUGUUUCAUACCUUGCAAAGAAAUGAAACCUAAGUGCCCGCUUGUCUUUUCAGGUAUCCGAAUUGAAGUCUGGUUCACGGAUUACGACAACACGACGGCGGUGAACACACUAAAGAAGAACGUCGAAAAGUGCAUGGCCACCCGGCUUGACGGCGUACAGGGCAUCGUACCCAAGUGCGACGCAAAAACCCAUCAGUCCAGUCAGAAGCACUAAAUUCGUCGCUGGCCGCGUUCUGCAGCGAAGUUUGGUAAGAAUGACCGCUACGCCUCCCACCAGCACCCGACCCCGACGGGAUAGGAAAAACGCGACAGGAAUUCCAGUACCCACGACCCCCACACUCUUUUUUUGUACGUCAGGAUCUUCAGACCGGAAUAAACAAGCAGUCCAAAAAAGGAUCAUGAGAAUCACUUUUACGUCAUGAGUAGCCCAGAAACAAGAAAAAGUAGGAACUACAGGAUGAAAUAACAGGAAGGUAGAGCAAGCGCCGCUGAUUUUUGACUGCUUCUCCAUGAGCGAGGCAGCUAUUUUCAGAAUCCUAUGUACAUGAGAUUUUUGGAACUCCAGCUAGUUGUACACCGAGGAGAUAUAUCCCUUCGUAGUGUGCCUAUCCGAAGCUGCUACCUGGUGUCGGAUACGAACAGCGCGGAAUGAAUACUUUGAUUGACUCGAGGACAAAAAUGAAAAGAAAGCAAGAGAAUCAGACACAAAGACGGUUCUGAUAUAUAGAAAAUGGCAAAGCAGAGGCAGACGACUCCCGGGCGGAGUGUGAUUGCACCAGGAGCCAAAGCAGUGGUCGACGCCUGUGCAGCUUUCGAGGGUUUUCGCUGUUCUCUU